CUCAACUGACUUCAAAGUUAUAUUUAAAAUUAUUUUUUUAUGUCAUUUACAUUUUUACUAGAAGGUGUCUGUACCUUGUUUUUUUUACUGUUAAAAACAUGAUUGUUUCCUGAUUGACCUUAUUGAUCAGAGUUGGACACUGUUCAGUCAAGCCGAAGUCGCUGUGUCCGUGAACUACAAAAACACUGAUUUCCAAACAGCAUGCAACAAAUCAGAUCUCUUUGUGUCCUGUCCCACUGAGGACUGCUGACCACCUCGGACAGACCAUGCUGACCAGCAAUGGAAGAUUUACGAGCCUCUGCCGCCCUCCUCCUCGUCACUUUGUAGAGUCUGAAGCUAAAAAGAAACCAAGAUGUCUGAGGGAAAGAAGAUGACAUCGAGCCGCAGGCAUCAUCUUAAAAGCGUUGUGCUGCAGAUUGCCGCUAGCUUGCUGGAGCAGGAAGCUGUCGAACUCGCAGCUGCCAAAGAAGCUUACAUGGCAGAGAAUUGCCCCGCCCCCAACCUGAGCGGAGACCAGGCGGCUCUGAUGGAAAUCUGCAAAAAGCUGAACCAGUCCCUCGACAAGAUCGAUGAGGAGAGAUAUGAUGCCGGGGCCAAAGUGGAAAAGACAAACAAGGAGAUCGCCGAGUUGAAGCUGAAGGUGGUCGACCUGGCCGGGGUGAAGAAACCCGCCCUGAAGAAAGUGCGUAUGUCCGCUGACGCCAUGCUCCAGGCUCUGCUGGGAGGAAAACACAAGGUGAACAUGGACCUGAGAGCCAACCUGAAGCAGGUCAAGAAGGAGGUCAAAGAGGAGAAUGCCGAGGGGGUCGGUGACUGGCGUAAGAACAUUGAGGACAAAGCCGACAGGAAGAAGAUGUUCGAGACUUCCUAAAGACUUUCACUCUUUCCACUGUUACCUCUGACCAUUUUCAUGGAAAAAA